AUGUCUUACACUAAAUUAUAUCCGACAUUGUUGAAGAAAGGGUUAGUCGUUCCAAGACCUUUGGGACCUCCACCAGAUCCUCUCCCACCAUAUUACAAUCCCAAUGCACAUUGUUCGUUCCAUGAAGGUUCCCCAAGGCAUGAUUUGGAAGGUUGUUAUGCCUUAAAACAUAUUGUAAGGGAAUUGAUUGAGAAGAAGAUUCUUUCAUUUGGGGAUACCAGUCCAAAUGUCAAAAAGAAUCCUUUGCCCGCUCAUGGAUCUAUAAAUGCUAUUGAUGAUGAGCCUGAUGAAGGUUUAAUUCUUGAUGCAACCAAAAUCAAGACUCCUCUCAGAGAUUUUCAUGCAAAGUUAGUGGAGGAAGGUUUAUUGAAAAAUUUCCAUAAGAGUUGUGAAGAGUGUACUAUUGGUCCUAAAGGAUGUGAAAUGGUCCGAAAGAAUAUUCAAGAAUUGAUUAACCAAGGUGUGUUACAAGUAAGCGGUCGUAUGAAAAAGAAUGAGGUAGCAGUGAUUGAACCCAUCUUCAAUCUACCUGAGUUAAGUACUACAACACCAAUCUUCAACAUUCUAGAGCCAAUAUUCCAUAUUCUAGAUUCUACUUUUGUUCAGCCAAUAUUCAACAUUCUAGAUUCUACUUUUGUUCAGCCAAUUUUCAACAUUCCAGAAUCAGUUGAACCAAUCUUCAAUAUGCCUAAUCCAGUGGUUGUCCAAAGGCCUAGCGCUUUUCCUUUUGGGAAUACUAAAGCAGUUCCUUGGAAGUAUGAUACAAUUGUGGUUAACCAAAGGUCUGAGAAAGUAGGUCAGAAAGAAUGUCUAAAUAUUGUAAGCACUGAUAUAACAAUGGGAAGUAGAAUGAACCGCAAUGGUCGCAUUUAUACCCCUUUCGACUUGGCUCCGCCAAUUCCACCAAAAGAAACCACCACUAUUGUUACUGGCAAAGGCAAAGAGGUGAUCACAACUAAUGAAGACGCUGAAUUUCUGAGGAUUAUCAAGAAGCCUGAUUACAAGAUUAUUGAUCAGCUGCAUCAAACUCCUUCAAAGAUAUCCAUUUUAUCUCUUCUCAUGAGUUCUCCAACUCAUAGGAGUACCUUGCAGAAAUUGUUAGCUCAGGCUCAUGUCACUCACGACAUUACUAUUGAUCAAUUUGAUGGGGUCAUUGCCAACAUUACAGCAUCCAACCAUCUCAGCUUCAGUAGAGAAUAUUUGACGAAGGAUGGCCAACACCAUAACCGUGCUUUGCACAUAUAUGUGAAAUGCCAAGAAGAUACCCUAGCAAGAGUCCUUGUGGACAUUGGCUCCUCUCUGAAUGUUUUACCUAAGAGGACGCUCGCUAAGUUGGCAUAUCAAGGGACUGAGAUAAGGCCAAGCGCAUUAAUUGUCAAGGCAUUUGAUGGAUCGAGGAGGACCAUCAUAUGGGAGGUGGAGCUGCCAAUAUUAAUUGGUCCACAUGUGUUUGAAAUUACUUUUCAGGUUAUGGACAUCAACCAAAUUAUAGUUGUUUGCUUGAAAGACCGUGGAUUCAUGCCGUUGGGCCCGUGA